AACGUAGUAAAGCAACCACCGGUUAUUUAGCGAUGCGAUUGCUCGGGAUGUCCAACACGAAAAGGAGCGAUGUGGAGGUUGUGGGCGGGUCAUGAAAGCGAAGUUAGAAGGCAGCAAGCGGUCAGUUUUAGAAAAGGAGAAAAUAUAUGAUGAAAAAGUUGUUAGUAACGAACGCCUUGCAGUAAUGCAAAAUAUGUGUAUAUUAAUAGCACAUCGUCACAGUUUACGUUUAAUGCAUGAUGGUUUGAAAUAAAUUACCAGCUUCUGUAAAAGUACAGAAAAAAUUUUGUAUCAUGGAUUUUGAAUUAACAACUAUUUCAAACAUGGAUGCUCAACAAUUACCCAUGAAUGGCAGCCACAUAAACCUCGAUGACUUUAAGAUGGAUAGCAACUUUGCUUGGUUGCUCUGUUCUCUUGUUUCAAUCAUGGCAUGGGUUAUCUAUAUAACUUAUUACAACUCGAGAGUUAUUGGAUACUUCAUAACACGCUUGUUGAAUCAUUUCUAUAUUCGUGAAGGUUACAUGCAUGUAGGGUCCUUAACCUGCAAUGUGCUCUCUGGGAAGAUAAUGUUUCGAGAUGUAGUAUAUAUAUCCUAUGAUUAUACCGUUAGAGUUCAAGAUGGAUGGUUGAUCUUUCGUUGGUGGAGAGCUUAUGUGCCAAAAGAUGUGUCUGAAGAUUUGUCACAUUCAGAUACACGGCUGUCUGUAAUGCUGAAUGGAUUUGAACUACAUGUGUACAAUCGAUGUGAAAUGUAUGGUAACCUUGAAAAAUUAUUUGGCCUGGAACCUCAGAUGUUUCCAUGUGAUGAUGACUCUUCUGGGAGUGGUUCUGGAGGAGGUGAUCAUGAUAAUGGCGAAAUGAGAACUACAGUGUCAUCUAGUUCUAGAAGACAUCCACAGACAUCAGCAUUGUCCCAGGGACACAGUUGGAGAGACUUAAUUCCUGUUAUCAAGGUGGAUGUUGCUUCGGGUCGGGUUGUCUUUGGUAACCGUCUUGUGCCAACAACUCUGUCAAUCAAUGUUGAGGAAGCUCAUUUUGUUUACUCAACGAAACCAGCUGCAUCAAGACUUGAUCAUUUCAUGCACUUCACCAAAUGCAAAGCAGAGAACUUCAAAGUAAUUCUAGCCCCAAGUCCAAAGUAUACAGGGAUGGUAGAUGACCCACCUAGGUAUAUGGGUGAAGGGUUUGUGGUUCUAUCAUCAAAUAACAUUGAGCUGUACUACUAUAUGGAUGAAGCAGGUCUAGUUCCAGCAGAACCUGAGAUGUUACAACUUGCAAAUGGAGAUAUUGUGGAAUCAGCCCCUCCCAUCUGGGGCAUGGACAUAAAGUGUGGAAAGGGAACAGAUUUCAGCUAUGGACCAUGGGCAGAUCGACAGCGAGAUCACCUUUUCAGGUUCUUCUUUCCCACUGACUUUCAACCAUUAAAGGUAACUAAAGCUCCACAACCAGGAGAGAAACGAUCUGCUACUUCAUUUGAUAUUCGUCUGAGUACUCUGAAUGAGGCCACUGUAGACAUUCUGUUUUCUAAAAAUAAAGAAACAAAUGCUGUCCAUAUCAAUGUUGGACCUGGGUCGUACUUGGAGGUAACAAUGCCAUGGGUUGUUUGUCAAGAUGGUUAUGUGACCAAGAUCACUGGCCAGUUACUGCAUCUGGAAGCAACAACCAGUUUGCAGUAUCGGUCACUAGUUGAAAGUGAAACACUGGAGUUCACUGUCAAAUGUCACUAUCCCAUCAGAUGGAAUGAUCAUCAGGAGUGGGUUUUAAACCUCACAGGAUGUAAAGCUACUGUAAAUCUCAUAUAUGCCCACAAAUGGUUCUUCCAAGAUUUGGUGAAUGACUGGGCAAGCAAGUCAAGGCCAGAUCUCCUCUACUUUGUGCCCUAUACAUGGGUAAUAACUGUUAUAAUGAAGGAAUUUGAGCUUAUUACUCUGUGCAAUGAAUAUAAUUGGAUUGACUGCUCAUCACAAAACCAAGAGAAUUCCCACAUUGCAUUUUGUGGAGAUUUGUUUGAUCUCUCUUUUGAUUUGCCAUUUUGUGACUUCUUACCUUCAACAGUUCCACUGAGAUUCUGGAUACAGGGGGAAAGUGUUGACUUAGUGCUAUAUUUGCCAGAAAUUUGUACGAGUCGUAGUAUACUAUUGGCUCUUGAUGAAAAUGCUAAGCUACUUGGGCAUGAUGUUAAUUUGCGUCAGAGAAAUGAUGGGUCCAGAAAAUGGAGGAAUGUCUGCCAAAGGAGCAAUGGAUGGGUUGAUUGUUGGUCUGUACCAAUUGUAGCUCUCUGCAUUAACUAUGUGUAUCAUCCUGUACCACCUUUGGGUCCUCCACCUCAAGCUGAUAUCACCACCCCAGAGAAAGAAGAGAUCUUAUUAUCCCCCAUGAGGAUACCAAGGUGUAGAAAGUCUCCAGGCAUUCAUUGGAGUCAGGAUGGCUCACAGAAGUUUGAUCCCACAACUCUUCCAGCAGAUAAAGUUUCCCUGGAGCUUGAAAUAGGACCAUCUGUAUUACUGGUGUAUGGAGCUUGGUUGAGGAAAUUUAUGCACUUAAAGGAAAAUAUAUUUGGAGAGGACCAGGUUUUCACUGACAUGCAUCAGAGUCGUGCAGCAUCCAGCUCCCCUGCAGGGGACACUGCUGCUGGUGCAGGAGCACCUGCAGGCGCAGCAGACAAAGGGGCAGAUAUUUCAACCAGCACUGGGGUAGCAGAUGAAGCAGAUCUGUUAAAACAAAAAGAAUUUGAUACAAGACAGUAUCGUCCCAUUGAAGUGGCAGUAUCCAUCACAAUGCACGACAUUCAGGCACAUCUUAUCAAAAACUGCAAUGAAGGAGAUCCACCUUGUCCAGUCAUUCUUCUUGAACGAUUUGGUUUUGAGAUGAAGAAAGGUUACAGAGAAACACAACUUCAGUUACUACUGUCUCCAGCAAUCCUCCUGACAAGUGACAAAGUGACAAGGCCCAAUAAGGAAAACCAUCUCACACAAGGACAUCUUAUGCUCUCAGGAUUCCAGGUUCGAGGUCAUGCCAUGUUCAGUGAUGAAGGCAGAACCUUAGAUGAAGAGACUUUGGAGUAUGCAUGGCUAGUGGAAAUACAAGUGGGCAAGUUGAGUGGAAAGCUGACAGCACCACAGCUUCAUCACCUUGUUACCAGCUUGGAGACUUUUCUGCUGCUUGCGAAGGAUGCAGAAAACAACUUGAGGCCCCCUCGCUUACCGAAGACUUGUCACCAUGGAGUGCCUCCUCUACAAUGUAGUGAAUCAGACCCAGACACCAGAUAUCGAUGCCCAUCUGGCGAUGAUAUUAAAUACAGAAUGACCCGCCUGGCAGUUGAUGCUGUGGACCUCUUCUUACUAGAAAAUGGAACAGCAGUUCAGAUUUGGGCAUCUCCAAUCCGUAUUGCUACAUGCAACCUUCAUGGACACCUAGUAAAAUCUGGUGUAACAGGUGUAUUGCCAGCAGUGCAGGUCAGGCAGUUUGUGGCUACUGGCAGCAAUUUUAAUGGUGGAAAUGCUAAUCAUAGCAAUACCAAUACAACGGGUAGUGGACGAUCUCAACACAAUGCUAGCAGAAUGGAGGGGUCAUUAGUUGGAGAACUCUGGCUGGAGGUGGGUUCUGUCUCUUUAGGGCCUCUGGUGGUAGAAGCAGCAAUGUCUCUUGCAACUCCUGAACAUAAUCUGCAUCUGGUACAGCACAGGUAUUUACGCACACAUGAUGAGGCACAUAAGCGAUUAUGGUUCUUGUGGUCAGGGGAAGGUACAAAUAUUAAGGCAGUUGGGCGCUGUGGUUGUAUUGGUGGCUGUGCAUUCUUUGGUAGUAACCGAAAUGGAGCCAAGUUUUUCAAACCUAGUUGGCAGGACUUUCAAGAUGGAGUUAAUAUGGCAGCAUUCAGGAUACAUGAAACUGGACAGGAUCCUGGAUUUGGACAAAGCAUACUUCAUGAAGGUCAGCUUGUGUUCCAUACACCUCCAUAUGGUUCCCAGGAUGUUUCUCUACAGGAACCAAUCAGUGGCUGGGACAGUAACAUGGGGAUUCCAAGGGGAACUGGAACUGGUGGUCUGAAGGUGGCAGUAACAAAUGAUUGCAACUUAGGUGAGAGUCCUGGCACACUUGCUGGUGAACAGUCAUGCUCAGUAGCAGAGACAAACAAGGACAGUAGUUCCAGAAUCAGCACAGCAUCACCCAGCCCAGUUAGCUGUUACAGUGACAAGAGAGCUCUAGGACGAAGGUUCUCUUAUACUUCAGCUAGCAAUAGAAGUGGAAGCAAUGCUACACGUGAUGUGCCAUAUGCUCGUCUAGUGGACCAUAGCCCAACCAACCUUUUGCCUCCAAAACUUGAUAGUGAUUCCAUGCUGAACGCAGAGCGAAGCAAGUCCAUACUGAGUGUACCUGAGACAGAGGGAGCACCAAAGAGUAGUGUUUCAGACUCAAAGCUGGCUGUUGACUAUUUCAACACAACCACAACCAAAGAGAACUACCAGCAAGGAACGGCAAAUAUGCUACUGGUUUCAAAGCCUGCCAUUUCCUCGGAGGUCAAUCCAUCAGAAUCACACCAUUCUUUAUCUGUGGAUACUGCAGAAGAAAACCUUCGCAAGGAAGUGCAACGUACUGUGUCAAUGAGUAGUGAAAACCAUUCGGAGGCCUUUUAUUCAGCUGAGGAAGAUAUUAGUCAGCACAUUGGAAUGUCAGCCAGUCGUACCUCUUCACUUCGUCAUUCCAUUACAUUGACAAGGCAGGAUAGCAGUGGCAGUAACACUACCAGUAGACAGAAUAGCCUCAGCAGUAAUGCUACAGCUGGAGAAGUUUUCUACCCAGCCAAUGAAGAUGGCAAGAGGCAUAUUUGCAUAUCAACCAGUUGUUCCUCCUCACUCAGCAAUUGCAGUGUAUUAGUUGUUGAGGAUAUCGAUACGAAAACAACUAGGAAGAAGUUUUCUAGUGAAUUAAGCAUAAUGCCAGGUGCUGUUCAGACAUUGCCAUCCACAGCAGCCACAAGUGCAGCUACAUGUUCAGAAACACGUUCCCACCUCUCUAGUCAUCGCAGUGAUCAUGAAAUUCACACCCCAGAACAUCGAAAUCAGCAACUUGCUCGAAGCCCAGAUGUGAAUGUGUCAGGAGGAGAGGAUGACAAAAGAGGUGGAGGAAUUCUAAAUAUGGCAACUCCACAUAGAAGAUAUGGUAACAUAGCUUCUUCCUCUCAGCAACGAGCUGCCAGCCCCCGUUACAUGGCCUACAGUAAUGAAGAUAGUCUCACUGGAUUUCAUGAUGUUUCUGAGGGACGGAAUCAAGAUGGAAUACUCCUGGAUUCAUCUGACACACACUCUGUAUCCAGUACAUCAUUCAUCUCAGCUGUCUCAUCACAGGAGGACAUGGCAUUAGUUAACCUGCACAUGCAGGUUAAUAAACCCAUCAUAGACUCUCCAUUGCUUAUGUCCAGCUAUGUAAAUCAUCUUUCACAGGUAAACUGCAACAAUUGGACACAGUCUUCUCUCCCUUCAGGCUGUGAUGCAUUCAGAAUCUCUCUUUUUCACCGUACUGAAGAGGGUAGACUUGUAUACAUUGGUGGACGGUACAGUCCUAGAUUUGAAACAUUAACAGAAGGCUUUACAUCUUUGAAGAUGAUUACAAGGACCAUUGGUGAACAUCAUGCAACACCUCCACCAUCAAGUAAAACUCCCACCCAUCCUUAUGCCUGGGAUGCCACGGCUCUUUCAGGCUCUGAAUCAGAUGAUCUAGAGACAGGCUGUGAAGAGGAACUGCUGUCACUUCAGAAUGAAUAUGGCACAAGAACUACAGUGAUAUUAAAACUCAAAGGAGAUUUGGACAUAAUGCUGAGUCCACUUGUCCUAGAAUCAUUGCAAAGAUUUAUUGAUGCUGUAACCCCAACUUUGGCCAGCUUACAUCCCUUGACUGUAUUAAAUCACCUUCAUGCUGAAUGCAUCUCUCAAGUCGAGGCUGCGAAUAUCCUGAAACGUGACCAGUCAUUGUCAUACUUAAGUCAAUUCCAAGCAAGUAGCAAACGCAGUACAGCUGAGCGAAAUGUCAAUUCCCCCACUGGCCAAGGGUUAUUGCAAGCAAAUGUGUAUGAGGAAUCUGUUUCCACUCAAACUCAAGGAACCAUUAUGCUUCCAAAGGUGAACAUAACGGUGCUCCAAGCCUCCGUUGUGGAAGAAAUUAUAUCUUUUUCAGCAUUAGACAAUAUUCGAGAUUUGACUUGCGUUUCAUUGUUUGCUAUGUGUUUUGAUGCCGUUACAGCAAGGUUCCACUGUUCUAAACAAGUUCGUGAAGUUGUGCAGACAUUCCAUCACCCAACUGUCCUUCCUAGCGGACAUAAGAAAUCUAGUGGAAGCGGUAAAACAGGUAAACCCUUCCUCCUUGGACAUCAGGCAACACCAGGAACCACAGAUAUGCCAGGUGUAGAACCAGUAUACAUAGAAACAUCAGAGAAGCAGCAAGAAGAAAUGGUCUUCACUCUUAAUAUUAGCAAAAUUCAUGCACAGCUGCGUCGCUUGAAAAAUGAGAGUUCAGUUCUGAAGGAUGCUGUGAUCACAGCAAUACCAAGUCAUUAUUCACGUGUAUUUUUCACUUGUGCUAGAGUAACUUCUCCCAUGCGAGGAGUUGACUUCUAUGCUCAACAGCAUCAGCAGCAGCAGCAGCAGCAGGUUCAACCUCAAUCUAUUGACAGUGGAAUUCGCCAUGUUGGGAAUCCUCACAGCAGUGAUGAGUCUGCUAACUCUGUUGAUGAGAAGCUUGGAUUCAUAAUGUUUGAAUGUGGACUUGAAGGCGUAUCACUCAAAGUUGUCAAAAGAUCCCAGUUUGAGAAGGGUGAAAAUGGCAAUGAAGGAAAGACAGAGACAGAGCAACUUGAGACAGAAGCUGGUCACACCGAUACAGUGAGAUCACAAGAUGAACUGGAGCAACAACCAGCAGCGAACACAACAUCAGGUCUAACUCAGCUAGAUAAUGGUGCAGCUUCAUCUACUGCAGCAACAGCAACAAAACUUGCUGCUGAGAGUACAUGUGUGAAUGCAGUUACAGCUGAAAGCAGCAGUGAGCUUGGUACCAGAGCUACGACCACAAACAAUGCCAAAAUUCCAGGAACCAGCACUACAGCUGCUACAGGCAACCAGGCAACUGAAGAGGGACGUGGUAAUACCUCAUCUUGUGUCAUUGAACUGCGUACAGUUUGGUUUAAUUUUGCAGCACCACCACAUGCGCCUAUCACCAGGAAAAUUGAUUUCACUAGGUUGGAUUGGAACUUGCUGAGUACAGCAUCACCUGCAAUUAACGCGUGGAUGAAUCCAAGUAACAGAUUCGCAAUUCAAGUGGUUCACAUGAUUCGAAGUAUGUACAGACGCUCUACAGGCAUUGUUGCUUGCCUCAUGGCAGAAGCAUUAGAUGUCCAAGGGAUCCACAUUCCCAUGAAGAGUCGAUAUGGAAGGUACACACCCUUAGCAAAGACACUGCAGGAAGAUCCUUCUUGUCAGUUGUGUAAUGUGCUUCAGAAAUACAUGCUACAAUCUGAUCUGGCUACAAUAGAAGCAAAUUUGCGUGAAACUGAUCUUCCUCUGUUAUCCACACUUCGACAGGGUGUUAUUGUGCUGAGUCGUCAGUGGAAGAAUGUCCUGUACACACCUCUCCUUCUGGAUCACAAAUACAAAAGUAAACAUAUCAAACCUCUGAAUGUUACAUUUGCAGUUCCUGAACCAGAUGAGGAGAUUGUACUAACAGAUGGCGAGGGCGAAGGUUCUGGGGAGGAAUGUGAGGUAACAGAUGAAUGUGCCAUGCUUCUUAACACAGAAGCUGGUACCAUGCAUAAGGUGAUUAAGGCACAUGACAGAAAUGGACCAUCCUUAAAACCUGAUGAACUGCUGGUGCCAUCUGUUGGAUCCCCUCAUAUUGCCAGUCAUGUGGAUCACACCCCAACAGUUACACCUGGAAUUGUAGUUGGUGGUGUGGACAGCUUGUUCAACUCACCGUCACCCCCAUCACUUCAGCAGCAAGGUCAUGGAGGCCUUGGUGUGGGAGGACAUCGGAAAAGAAAGAGGUCUCUUCCCCCAUCCCAUCCACCAUCUUCAUCACGAGCCUCGAUUGUGUUUCCAAUACCAUAUGGUAACCCUUUCACUGCACCUUCUUCACAGAAGAAGUUUGAUGCGGAACAGGGCAUUGGUUAUGGACCAUUGAGAGAAGAACGUUCUUCCUUGCAUCACCCACAUGGUCAACAUCACCACCUAGGUUCAAAUCCUAGUAUUUAUUCUGGUGGAGGUCCAGGUAGCCAACAUUCAGUGACUUCUCUAGAAAAUACUUUUUCUCCUGUUGGUAAUUCAUCAGCACAAGCAAGCAAGUAUUGGGAAACUGGUAGGAAAGAAACCGGUGAGGACCUGUACAGCUGGAUGGCCAAACAACAAGACUUCAUGAAAGACUCAGAAGUUUCCAAGACUAACUUAAAAAGAAACUGGGAAUCAAAGAUCGACACACUAACCACUGAAGAUACCUUGGAAGAUACUGAAUACUUACAGAUGACUCCAGGAGGUUACAGUCUGUAUCCUAUGCAUGAUUCAUUAAGACUUCUUGAUGCACAUCUAAUAUUUGAGCCUCUGCUCUCCUGCCUUGGUGUCAUGCCCCAACAGAUGAUCAGUAAUCUCAGUGGCUCUGCAGGUCCAGGAAGUGGCAAUAUUUCAUCAUUUGACACUUGGGGAUCCAACUUGUCACUGGUUAGUGCCAUUGAGACAAUGAGAAUUGAUAUUGUUGUCAGUGAAUUUGGUAAAACCAGUGAUAAAAAGAAAGGCAAAUCAUCAUCUGCAGGAGGAAACAAAGGAUCUAAGAACCUUGGAGGAGGAAAAUUCUACUUAGAUAUUCCCCCUGAGACACCAGCAUUUCUCUGUGAGAAGAUGGGAGUUGAAGUGGACUUGAAAAAGAUGGCGGAUAUGACAGUUGAUGAUAUGAUUCAGAAACAGAAUGUUUUAUACAUCUCACGUGGCCAGUUAAAGAAACACACCAGCACUAUACUGAAUAUCAGCUUGAAUGUGCGCUAUAUUUCACAGCAGGUGAACAUGCCACUACUACGUCUCCUGCAUCAGAUAAGCAACAUGUACCAGAAUGUUAAAGAGACACAAAUGGAACUGAAAGAACAGCAACCAGAAGUCAAGAGGGAGAGUUCUGUAAAAAAUAACAAGAAUGGUUCCUCAUCAACAUCAGAUCUACAUGAGAAUGUGUCUGUAGUUGACAAAAUAAAAUUACCUGCUGGAAAUGGGGCUGGGGUUGACUCGCGCUUUUCUCACUCGUUGAGUCAACAGAAGAUUUUGUCACCAUCACCAUCUCUUCACUCUCGUCCACAGAGUUUUGCACAGAAACUUAGAUCUACUAGCAAGAGUGUAAAAGGUUACAUGAAUUUAUCUGAAGGAGGAACAACACCAAUGUUGGUUGCGAGUCCAUCUGGUUCAGGUCUUGAACACACCACUGUUGCCUCAGAUAAAAGUAAAGAUGUACUCAGUCUGACACCACGCUGCUGGAAAACUGUAUACUAUCUUCUUGAUCUAUAUGCUACAAUGCCAGAAACAAAAACUAUCACUCACAGGUUUUCUGUAGCUGCUGACAUUUCAGAAGGCUACAAGGGUAACAGAAAGUAUGACUUGCUCACUGAAGUUAAGAACAAUGAAGAUGUGGAAAAAGGAGGUGCUACUGUCCCUGAGGCCACUGCAGGCUCCACUCCACAACCACAUGAUAAGCCCAGGGAACUAAGUGUGGUGACAGGAGAACGUACACGUCUCAUUGUGUUUGGUGUGGCUCGAAUUCAUCGAACAAGGCUGCUAGCAACAUUAAGUGGACUCAAACUGGAGGCAGAAAUUACAAGUCUCCACUCUAGUCUUACUUGUCGCAAGAAGUCCAGACCUGCAAGUCUGGAAUGUUCACUCACAGGACAUGUUGGACGAACUAUGAUUGUCCUUCUGGAAGGAGUUGCACCCAGUCAGCAGACUGUAGUGAAGGUGACAGUUGGUAAAUCACAGGUUUUAUAUUCAAGUAUUACAAGACGUUCCAAGGAUAAAAACUCAGGACUGCUAACUGUUGGAGCUGUGAAUAUUGAUAUUCCUCAACAUCCAGUUGCUCUGCAUGGGAUGAUGACUAGAGGAAGUAAACAGCUCUCUUCAACACUGCAGGAAUUGCGAGUGACUCGAACUUCAAGCAGGAUCAGCCGCGGAACAACUGCUGAGGAAGGAGAGUUCAUAGCGCAGCAUUCUCCACGGCACUUCCACUCAAUGCAGGCUCCACAGUCUGAUCUCCACAGGCAGCAGCAAGAGUCUGGCCUGUUACAGCCCCUUGUCAUGCAGUUUUCUAUUAUGUUACAGAGUCUGAGCAUUACAGCAGCCUUGUUGCCAUCCUUGCAAGCUCAAUAUAAAAUGGACCAAGUGAACAGCACAGGAGUGACUGGAAGCAAAGCCAAAUUCACAAUAGACUUGCCUCAGCAUUCUCUCAGCUUUAAUACAAAACUACAAGUACACAAUGUAACUGAUGCUCAUUUACCAUCAGAAGCCAGUAUUGAACUUCCUAAAGUUCAUGUUUCUGCUGAAUAUGUUCAGGAUGGGAAUAAUCCUCGAGAGGCACAAUUUGCAGAUGGUGUUGUUUUCCGACAAGGAAGCUAUCUGAGUGCUGUGGCAGAUAUUGGCGUGUUUGAACACUCUCUCACCACAGAUCUGCUGAAUCAUUUGGUGUUUGUUCAAAAAGUCUUUAUGAAAGAAGUAAAUGAGGUGGUGCAGAAAGUGUAUGGAGGCGAGAAACCAGUGCCACUGUGGUUGGAGGAUAGUGAGGAAUCCACCACUUCAUCCCUUAAGAGGAUUCUUUUCUCACUAGUCAUUAGGGUUAAGAGAAUCCAGUUGACAGCUACAACACCUACCAAUUCAGCUGUCCGCCUGGAAACAGGUGCAGUUGAAUUCCAACUGUCAAACAGAGUACAGAACAUUUCUGGAGCUGCUCAGCCCAACCCAUACAUGAAAAUAUUUGGAAAGGCACAGGUGGAUAUAAAUUUGAGCCUUGGUCAGCUUCUCAAAAAUGUCAUGUUUGAAGAAGCUGAACCAGAAUUUCAACAGUAUGCUUUCUUUAAGACUCGUGUAGGUUUACAUAAUGCAUUCCAAGAUGAAAUGGUUCAGGGAGAGGACAAAGAAGUUGUGCUGAUAACUUUAAAGCGGCCGCUGAUUUAUAUCCAGCCCAUGGCUGUAGACAAGGCAAUAUUGGUAUGGCUCAACUACAAAAACGCUUAUGAAUACUGGAAUGAACAGCGUUCAAAUUUGAACAAAGAAGUUCUUACAGCCACACAGUAAGUGUUUGAGAAAGUUCCAUUUGGCCAGUUAACAAGUCAGCUCAGUGCUCCCCAUCUUGGUACACUUUUUCUGCAGCUCACAGUGGAUGAUAUGGGCAUUUCUCUACCCCUCAACCCUCUACCUCUUGCAUCUUGGGGAGUGAAUCGUCAGAUGUAUGAUGUAGAGAGUCGUGGUGCGGUGGUUAUCACACUUGAAAGCACUAGCAUCUCAGCCUGCAGUUCAGGCUCAUUAGUCAGUAAAGGUCGCUUUAUGGGGCUUUGUCUUCGCUUUGCUGAUGAUUUUGAAACAAGCCUUGAUGACUGGAAACCAGACAUGAGUGACAGUACCAUUAUGAACCUCUGUGUUGUCUCUGAAGGAACAUAUGAAGUUUGCAGCCGCACAAUUGCCCAGAAGCAAGGCACUGAAAACGCAAAAUGGUUCCUAAAUGUACAAUGGCAAAUGGAAGGUGUGGAUAUUCAUUUGGAUGUGAAUGUUGGCAAGCAGUUGUCAGCACUGGGACACACACUCACCAUGCUUACAGGAUCACAGGAAGAGGAUGAACCGGCCACUGUAGACUAUGACAGUGAUGAGGUCGACCAAGUGGAUGGCAAUACAGCCUCCUUGGUACGUUCCCAUAAACAACAUGAGAGCAUAAGCUUACGUCGAUCCCGGAAUUUGACAGACAGCUUGCCUGCAUUUGUGUUUGACCCAUCUCUGGAUGCCAAAAAGCGUUCAAAACUGAUCGAGAAGGAAAUGAAUGAACAAGCUAAGAUCAUUAAUGAUCUUCGUUCACUGGGAGCAUCUCAUGGAACUAUUGAGCAAGAGAUGAAACGGUUGCAAGAGCUGGAGGCUAUGGUUUUCAAGGAUUUCCGAAGGGAUAUGAUUCAAAAGUUACGUCGCCAGAGUGUGAAAGCAUCAUCCAUCAAAGGCAAGUUUGGAUUAGGAUCAAAAGCCAGCACGUACCGCUCAAGGUCCUUUAUUGUGCCAUCUCCUACUCCAGAACAUCAUCUUGAGAUGGAGAGCCCAGAUGACAUAGGUGGUGCAAGUAUCAAUUCCAAUGGAAAUUCUGCAAGCUUUGAGAGUUCACCACGCUCUGGUCCAUCUCGGUCAGCUUCUCUUCGUGUUCGAGGGUUAAGUGGGCCUCGAGUUACAUUCAGCGAUACGCACAAUGUCUGCAGGCAGUCAUCACUCCCAAGUGCAGGCUCAGAACUUAGCCUCCCUGAAGGGGACUUGGAAUGGACAGGUGAUCAUAUAGAGAUAUCAGGUGAAAGAGUAGAACUAAGGCAGAAACCAUCAGCAUAUGCAUCAGCCUACUAUGAUAAUAUUGAAAACAGUGUGCCGCUGCUGGAUUCAUAUCAGAAGGAGCAAGGAGGUGGCAUCAGUCCAGUGUCAGGAACAGCAGUAUUCCAGAAACCUCAGGAACCAAAUAUUGACUUUGAACUGGAUGUAAAAGUCUUCAUUAACAGUGGGAAAUGUGUGCUGCAUACUAAGGAUCCAGCAAAAGAAGAUGAACUUAAGUUAACUAGCCGCAUGAAGAAGGAACGCAGUUGUUCAGGAGGGAUGUUUGAUUUUCCCCCUUCGAGCCCCAACAUGAACCGCCGCAACAAAGAAAAGCCACAUGGAACUUCUUCCACAACAAGAUUACGCUACUUACAUAGCACUGUUGCCCAGUUAGUUGAUCUCACAAUAUUUCACAUCCCUGGACUGGAUGUCAAAGUUCAUUAUGAAUCCAGGACCCUCCACGAAGAGAAUAUAUCACCACGAUUAGCAUGUGAACUGACAGCACAGCAGGCUCUCUCUCAGUCCCGGAAAGGUGGCACCAAGAAAGCGAGUCUAUUUGCAUGGAUGACAUUGCAGAGUAUUCCAGAAGAGACAAUUAUAAGCCCUCACAUAUUAGAGUUUUUGGAACAAACACUAGAGCCUAUUCCUUCAACACUACAACAGGCCAAAACAUCAGGACCAAUGAAUGCCAUGUUUACAAUGGAUCAAGAUACUUCUUGGGCUGCUGCCACAGCAACAAGCAAUUAUGUGUAUGCUUCCUUUCCUGUUGAUGUCAUAGUGUACUUCCACAUGCAGCCAUCGACCUUUCGUUUCUCUUGCCUGCCUGUUUCAAGAGUGGAAUGUAUGUUGCAGCUUCCAUCUCUGGACAUUGUUUUCUCAUCCAAGAGAGCUGAGGAGGAGUUACAUAGUGAGUUUGGUGAAGGCAGGCCUUCAAGUCGCCCACCAAGCAGUGUAGACUCCUCAGCGAGCAGGUUUGAUGUGGGCCCUUCUCUGUCAGCUGUUGGCGGAUUAAGUGUAACAGGCUGCUUGGCAGAUUUCUCUGUAUACAUCUUUCACCCAUAUGGUGGUGGAAAAAAGUCUGGUUUGAAAGAAGCACAGUGGUCACCAUUGGCAGACAGUGAGCGGAAAGAUUCUCUGAGUGUGGAUGUUGAAUUUGUGAAAUUUCAUUUGUCACGGAGCCGUAAACUCAACUUCCAGUGUGACCAGCAGCAAUCAAAGGGAUUGAAGAGUUCAGACCAGAGCCAAGCUGUUAUUCGAUUUUCCACCAUUAUAGACAUUGGAUCUGCAUCUUUUAAAUAUGACAUGAGACGGCUGACUGAAAUACUGGCCUUCCCCAAGGCAUGGUACCGGCGCAGCAUUGUGCGUCGGUUGUUUCUGGGUGAUCUUAGUAUCAGUGCUACUUAUAGUGAAGGAGAAGAAUCUUCUCCUUCUAGUGUGGAAGAAGAACAUUUGUUGGCGGCUCCGCAGGCACUGGGAAAAUCCAGUAUGUUAGACAAUAGUGGGCGAAUUAUAACAGAUGGACAUAGUUUGUCUCGAUCUGCUCCUACUACAGAACGAAGUCCAAUGUUACCAACCAGAGAGCGUCUCAGGUUAAGCCUGGAAAAUGAUAUCUCUCGACAUGCAAGAUUUAGAGAGGGCAGUGGUGGACGAUUAUCAACUAAACCAGAUAUACCAAGUCCUUCAGAACAGAAGUCUAGUUCAGCCUGGGAAACUUUGGUGUUGUUUGCAGUUAAUUUCACUAGGCUUAAUGUUCACAUGAACAUGGGCAAUGUAAUGGGCAAUGUCACGUGGCUUACCAAAGACUUCAGAUCUGAGGGUCGCCUGUCUAUUGGAAGCACAGGCCAUAAGAACAUGUAUAUUGGUGUGGGACUUGGAGGAUCUAGUUUGGAUGCCAAAGGAGGAAUAGUUGGUGGAACUAUUGAACUGAGCAAGAUCGACACAUACAUUCAUAUCAGAGAAGACCCAGGUACAGAACCAGAUCAUACUGUUGGACUUAAACUGUUUGCAUUAGAGCUGCGCCUUGAUUACAUGGGAACUGGUGUGCUCAUGUGCCGGGUCAGUUCACUGGCUGUGUCCCUUCGUGAUGAAUGGAAGAUUAAUCAUAACAAGAAAACUUCAGAAAACUUCAUUCCUACCAGGAGGCCAGCAAUGAUAUUCAUGCAUGGAGACUUGGGUUGGGAUCAGCUGCAACUAAUGAUCUCAAAGUCAACUACAGCUGAUCUACUGAAAAUGUUCUACAAGCUAGAGGAAUUUUUCUCUCAACAGUUCAAAAGCAGCAAGCGUGUGUUUUCAAGCCUCCAGCCACGGACACAUUCCAAGAACAGCAGUUUCAAGAAGAAGCAGCCUCAUGCAAAGAAAAAAUCUGGUGGAGAUGCAUGUUUUCAUAGCUGGGUAAGCUCUGCUGUGCAAGAUGCAAGACACCAUCGUCACUGGCAACGUGUUUUGGGUCAAGUUGGUGGCCUACAUCUGUCUACCCUCAGUUUUCCACUGCCUAUGUCUGGUACUAUACUAGGAGGAACAAUGGAACUUCAUGGAAACAACAUUUCAUUAGCUUGCUUCCACGGCAUCAAUUUCAAAUCAAAAUCAUGGGCAUUGUUUUCACUAAAAGAACCAUGCAUUUCAUUUGCAACAGAAGCCCAAGAGAUUCCAUCACCAGAAUUGAGUGAGCAGCUCGAUGUUCAUGUGGUCCAGACACUGACGUUCAGUUUGGGCAUGAUGGCAGAACAGCCGCAUGCUCAGCACCAUAGUAUGGCUACUGUGUGCCGCCUGAGUCGCAAUGUGUUAUUCCCUCCACAGUUUCGUACUCUGCAAGAAUGGUUCCAUUACGCAUUUGCUAACAGUGAAAUUGAUGCAGUGGAUCGGUUCCCAAGUCUAGAAAGGGAGAGACUGGAGAGCUCUUCAGAGCAGCAGAGGUCUCGGAGUAGCAGUAGCAGCAAGCUACAAGAUCCAAACCACACAAGAGAAGUGAUAUUUGCACUGCCAUCACUUCAGCUGCAUCUCAAGACUGAACAUCUACAAGCUGCAAAGACUCCAGAUGUUAUUGGUCAAAAACCUGUGGUUGAGUGCAGUUUCAUCACUGAAUUUGAGGAUCACAUCUUUGUAACUGUAGAUGCUGAGGCAUUUUUCUUCCUUCAUGAUCUCAUUACAUCAUAUGUCAAGGAGAAAGAAAGAGUGACUGGAUCCAUGGGUCCUGGAGCAAGAGCUCAAAGUCCUGAUCCUGAGAAGCGCAGCAGAGAGGGCUCUAGUGCAAACACUGGAGCAGUAGGCAUAAGCGGGGCUACCAGUGAUGAAGAGAAAAAACGAAAAGCUUUUGAUCCAGUUGAAAUGUUCACAAAAGACUGGAGAAAUUAUCACUGCAAGACAUGGCAUCUGGAACCAACUGUCAGGCUUCUUUCCUGGGCUGGUAAGAGUAUAGAGCCAUAUGGCAUAGACUACAUUCUUCAAAAACUUGGGUUCUCACAUGCCAGAACAACAAUUCCCAAAUGGAUGCAACGAGGUUUCAUGGAUCCAUUGGAUAAAGUGUUAGCUGUGUUAAUGCUUAGGAUGAUAACUGUAGUGAGAGAGGAGCCACCUGCAAGUGAUGGUGAUUCUGACAAGAGACGGACUGAUAAGAAGUAAAAACUGGAGUAUUUUAAAGGCUAGUAAUGGUAGACAGAUACUCAAUUAUGAAACUCAUAAAACAUGGUAAAGUAAUAUGCUACACAUAUAAGAUAAUCAACUGUCUUUGAAAACUAUGAGUUUGUACAUAAAAUUACUUUUGGUCUACUUUUAUGGCUGCUGUUAGUCCACCCGUUUGGGUGAUUUUAGCUCUUUUCAUGGUUUUGCAACAUCAGACAAUUGCUGAAAUAGUUUGUUCAUUAGACAGUAGAUAUAUACCCAGUUAAAAGUUCUUGAUAAUUUUGAGCCAUGUAUUGUGAAGUUUUCUUUUCAUAGAUUAUUUAAUGAUGCUUUCAGUGUCAAGACUGCAGCUAUUUUGAGUGAAGUCAAGACACAAUGCCAGUGGGAUAAAUAUGAGGCAUUAAGAGCAUAUAUGGGUCAGCAUAAGCAGAAAGCACAAGAUGUAAUUUUCAUCCCUAUAUUGGACCUUUCAUGUUGGAAAUUUUGUUAGUAUUCAUGAUAGCAGUAUGAGUUAUUCAAGAAACAUUUCUUCAGAAGCCAGAGGUUGAAUAUGAUUUGUAGCUCAUUAACAGUUUCUCUUAUGUCAAAUAAGAGAAAACAAGCAUAAGAUACUCUUCUUUCGAACAGCUGUCAUUCAGUUCUUUCUGGUUUAUUAAUUUGUAUUAUACCAUUCUAAAUAUAUGAGCUCUCUAUUUACAUUUGUAAGAAUAAUGUUGUUUAUACAUACACACAAAUUUAUAAACCCUUGUAAUAAUAAACAUCUAAAUACAUAUAUGCUUGUCAGAACUUCUACACAGAUAUACUGGCACUGUUCAUAUUUACUGCAAACAAAAUCUGUACAAGAGAAACUGAAAGUUGUUGGCAAUGAUAUCCUUGAAUGAAAGUUUGCUGACAUUAAGGAAGGAAUGUUUCAAUUAUGUGUUAGCAAUUCAAUCUUAAAUACAUCUCUGAAGGCAGUUGUGUUACAACAGCAGUGUUCUUUGCUUUUAUGUUGGUUUACAUCGAUAUGAAACUUAUAUGAUCAAAACAUUAUGUUUAACUGUAUACCAAAGAAUCUAAAUAUAGUGAAACCCCCAUUUCAGGUUCCCUUGAGGAGUGUAGAUUUCAAUACUAAACUGAGUAAAUCUUAAGUGGUGGAAAAGUAACUGAGGUUAUUGAUAUGGGAUCAUUGGAAUUGAACAUUAAAUGAGGAAAAUCUUGAAUUGAAGUUCCACUGUAGCUGAAACAAUGUUUUAAGUGAGAAGUGCCAUCAAAUUGUUGAAAAUAUUAUGGUCACAAUCUUGUAGUAUAGAGAAAUUAAUUGACAGAGUAUUCUAUGUAUAGUAUAGAGAUAGUAAGUACAACCACUUAGUUUUAGUUACAUUUCAUAAUAAUGUUAGAAUUUGUGUUGAAAUACUUGCAUUCAGACAGCUGCACCUGCAUUCCCAUGCAAGUGAUCCACAUUUAUCCGAAAGAGAAUGGAAAGAUAAAACAGAAACAUACUUGAUUACCAGAGAUAGAAACAUGUCCACAUUCCACCUAAAACCUUUAGAGGCAUAUGUAAGUUGUUAAAGCUGUGUUCUAGAAAUAUUCAAUAGUUUACAAAGGAGGGAGUACUUCAAAGCAAGGUACUAUGAAACAUGUAGCAGUAUACAUCAUCAUCAUCAUCAUCCUUAUCCAUCCACCUGGGUGAGGUGUUUUAGCCCCCUGUCCUUUUCUACCAUCUCAUGAGCUGUCAUGUUGUAUCUGUGUCCACAAAAGGUAUAUAAUCUAGUUGUAAACAUUUCUGUCUGUGAUGAGUUACUAAUACAACACUGUGGUCUAUAUGAA